ACGUAUAGCAGAAGAAUUAUAUGUGGGCUACGGUUAUUCGGUGUUAGCUAGUAUUUAAUUUCUCUGAGAAACUGUUUUAACGGCAAAGCUUUCCGCAGCCAUUUUUAAAUCUGCCCAUUUAUAUAGGAAGGAAGGAGAAUGGAGCAAUGAACGGUUCAUAAACAAAAGCGGUGAUGGAGUGGCAGCUGAUUCGACUUCAAGUCUGAUCCCUGCACCACAUAUCGUUGAAAUUCCACUGAGGGAGUUAUUGGAAGACGGUAUCAAGAGAGUGAAAACCCACACAUUUCAGUUGAUUGUCCUCGGCCAGUUGCAGUUGUAUUGAUGUUGUUUGAACCCAUUGGCUCGAUACUGCAGUCAUCGUUUUUGCUGUCGACUGACGACGCAUUGAAGAACCGAGCCACCGAAAGUGUGAAAAUUGUUAGUGAUUGUAUGCCACUAAAUAUUGACCAGGUCUAUAUGGAUCCAAUGUGUACAGUAUGAGUGCUGAUAGGCCGAAGAGACAAAUUGUCCAAAAGACUUUGGAUUACAAUGGAGGCAUCUUAUGGAGAGAAGAAAAGGAGCUACGUAAAGCGUUGUAUGCAUCCUUACAAUCCCUGAAACCUCAUAGGAAAGGUGAUUCGACUACCGGCAGCCUACCAGGAAGCUCAUGCUCUACUCCGCCCACUUUCAGACGGUACAAAGAAAGACGUCUCCCAAAGAAGUGCAAAGAAAAAAAGGAAGAAGAAAGGGAUAAAGGGUACAGUUCAGAUACUACUUUUAAUUCUCAGCAUAAAACCAGGAUUCGAAAGAAGAGAAAAGAAAGCAUUUCCAGCAGUUCAGUUAAUUCUAACUCUGAAACUGAAGUUGAAGAGCUCCCAAAGCCUAAAAAACCUCGGGUGCAUGCCCAACGUAAGUUUCCGUCGUCUUUGCCGGGUACACCUAAUACCACUCCUGUAAAAUGCCGAAGAGGUAGCAGCAGCUUACUGACCAAAAAGUGUCCUAAAACUGAAGACUUCUUAACAUUCCUUUGCUUAAGAGGCACACCAGUGCUUCCGACAACUAUGGAAAUAUUUGGUGCUCCACCAUCUCCCGAAAAGCUGCGUGAUGAAAAAGAGCACAAACACAUUAGUCAUGAUAGUGCUACUGCCAAUACUAGUACUGCUUCAGUCACUGCAGUAGAUAAUGAAGACUCAGGAGUUUCCAUGGAUAGAAGUAGUACAGUAUCACAUGAUGGUGCUAAUUCACCAGUUAGUAGUAUCACAGAAUUAAUAACAGAUGAAAGUACAAAUGAAAGUCUACAAGAUGCAAAUGCCACUACCAAUGCAAAGGUUGGAAAAGUGAUAACACCUGUGAACACUCACAUUACCUGCCAUUCACCACCACCUGGAAUAGUUUUUAAACAAGGAUCACCACCAAAUCUGAAGCCGGUGCCUCCACUUCUUUGUAUAGUGUCUAAGAGAGCUCCACCACCAUUGAUACCUAUGUUUUCACACCGUAAUUCUACUGCCACAAGUGCUUCAUUGACUGUCCCACCACCUAUCAUGUGUACUGGAAUGUCACCAAAAAUACUAACAAACCACACCUUGUCAAAACCCAAACCUAACUGUACAGUGGUCAGAGAAGAUGUCACAGACAAGGAGAAGGAAUCAGAGCAUGCACAGUGUACUAAGCAAGGUAUAAAUAACAUCAAUAUGGAAGAUUUACGUGUGAGUUAUGUUAAAUUGACUGAUGCCAGACAUGACCAGGGACAAUCCAACAAAACAAAAAGAUCCAAACCACCUAAGUUACUCUAUAUUCCCUCCAAAUCUAAAACUAAGAAUACAGUGACUUCAAUUGAUCAUUCCAAAAACGCUGAAAUAUCACCCAAAGUAAGUAAAAUGAGAAGAGAAGAAACAAAAGUGACUGGUGAAAGUGUGUUUAAAAAGCAGUUGAAUGUGGAAAUUAUCAAAGUUAAGGAAGAAAAGGGACUCAAAGAAAGGAAAUCUACAAGGACUUUCAAAAAUCACCUACUUACAGCAUGUCCAAUAAUUGCAGACUCCAACAUGGAUAGAAGUGUAUCAAGAGGGACUCGCAAUGCUACUGCCAAAGAAAGGACUAGAACUGAAACACACACACAGAAAUCAAAUUCUGCAAGUCAAGAGAAAACUUACAAACGUGAAAGUACUUUAGUUUACAAGAGUGAGGCUGGCUUAGUGUAUAAAACCAAUAAUAAUUCAAUUUGCAACAAUCAGAUAAGUGUGACUUGUAAGAGAAAAACAAUGGAAAUUCAGGAUAUGCUAAACCCAGUAAAACGUAAACGAGGACGACCUCCAGGAUCGAAAAAUAAAAGUACAUUGCGCCAAAUUGCUGAAGCUGCAUCAUCAACAGUAUCUACCUCAAAUAAAAGACUGAAACAUGCUAGUACAACUACUGUGUUCUCAAACAAUAAUAUAAUAACAACUCUUCCUGCUACUGUUUCAUGUAAGGCAAACAUUAAUACUAUUAUUACUACGACUGCAGCUGCAACCGCUACUACUACUACAACCAAUAAUGCUAUUAGCACUUCUGUUUCAAGUACUGUUUCAAUUAGUAGCAAUAACAUUUUACGUAAUCCUCCAGCAUUAAUUCAUGUUGCAUCAACCAGCUCAACUUCUGGAGUAAGUGCUUGCCCUCUAGAGGCUAAAGUUCAUGAUGCUCCUGUUUUUCAUCCCACUGCUGAAGAAUGGCAAGAUCCACUGGUAUAUAUAAAACAAAUUUCUGCCACAGCACAACCUUAUGGCAUGUGUAAAGUAAUACCACCUAAAGGAUGGAGGCCUGAGUGUAAACUUAAUGAAGACAUGAGGUUCAGUACACAAAUACAGUAUGUCCAAAUGAUGAAUAAAAGAUGGGGACCUAAUGUUCAGCAGUUACAGUGUAUAAAAAAACAUUUAUCCGAUCAGGGAGUGAAAUUAUCCACAUCGCCAUUGGUCGCUGGGUGUGAGGUGGAUUUGGUGAAAUUUUCACAGACGAUGGCUCAGUUUGGUGGCUUACAGAAUAUCAAUGACAAAAAGAGUUGGACGAAAAUAGCGGAAGCAAUGAGGAUGCCUAAAUCUGUAAGUCAGGUGAUACUGCUCAAAUUGACCAAGUAUUCAAAAUAG